GGUUUUGUUUGUGGUUACAUGCGUGUGUAAUUUAUUUGUUUUUACAGGAAUUUUCGUUAGUUUUAAAGGUUAUUUAACAUUUCCUGAUAUGUAAGAAAAAACUAAAAUAUUAAUAACAACAAAAACGUAAUGUUCAAGAGUCGUUUAAUUACAGUAUGUUUUAGAGCCCAGAGAUCAUUUAGCAAAAUGAGUGCAAUGAACGCGAAACCUUUCACUGUUUUCGUCGAGGGCAAUAUAGGAAGUGGAAAAACAACGUUUCUCGAACAUUUUAGACAGUUUGAAGACAUCACACUGCUGACUGAGCCAGUGGAAGAAUGGCGCAAUCUCAAAGGAUGGAAUCUACUUGAUCUGAUGUACAAGGACCCAGCUAAAUGGGCGAUGACCUUCCAGUCGUACGUGUCUCUGACGAUGCUGGACAUGCACCGGCGGCCCACGCCGACGCCCGUGAAGCUGAUGGAGCGCUCUUUGUUCAGCGCUCGAUACUGCUUCGUGGAGAACAUGAUGCGGAGUGGCACCCUGCACCCGGCCGAGUUUGCUGUGCUCGACGAGUGGUUCCGGUUCAUUCAACACCAGAUACCUAUUGAAGCUGAUCUCAUAGUAUACCUAAAAACCACACCAUCUAUUGUGCAUGAGAGAAUAAAGAAGCGAGCUCGUUCCGAAGAGCAGUGUGUUCCGUUGUCCUACAUUGAAGACUUGCACAGAUUGCACGAAGACUGGCUGAUAAACAGGACUCUUGGGGAAUGUCCAGCUCCUGUGCUGAUGUUGGAUGCAGAUCUUGACCUCUCCCAAAUCACAGAAGAGUACAAAAAGAGUGAGCACCAGAUUCUCAGAAAGGCUGUUGAUGUGGUUAUGAGAUCACCCAGCAAACUUAGUCCUAAGAAACCCAUGCACAGUUCCCCUAUAAAGAUUGUUCCACAGCUAAGAUUAUAACACCAAAUUAUCAACCUUUUCACAAAGCAUUGCCUUUGUAUUGACUGUAUGACUUCUAUUUCUUAUAGAUCAAUCUAAUUUACCUGAUUUUAUUAUGGUUGAAGGGUGUUUAGUGUGUAAGUAAGUGAAAAUAGUAAAUGAUCACAUAAAUGGAUAGUAUUUAUGGACAUCUUGCAGUGUCAAGCUUUAAGGUCUAACUAAGACCAUUUGAGUGGGUUUGGACCCAGUGAAAUAUUAAUAUAAUUGACCAAAUUACAUAGUUUGUAAUUUCAAUUUGAUUUUUCAAGAUAUUUUUUUUA